AUGAAGAAGGAAAUUCAAAAGGCCUUUGGCAAUUUGAAAGGAAUAAAAAAUGAGUUAUUGGUUUCUUCCUCAAACAAAGACACUGAGACUUUGUCUAUCAUUGGCAUCUUAAAAGAAGCAGAAGCAGUCACUGUGAGGUCUUUAGAAUCUUUGUUGUUGUUUGUCUCUGACCCCAAGGGACAAUCAAAGCAGAACAGAUGGUCAAUAAUCUCUAAGUUGAUGCAGCCUGCAAGAGUGACUUGUGACUCUCAAGAAUCAGACACAAAUGAAUUUGUAAAGGUUGAUGCAGCUUUGCAAUCUCUCAUCAGUCACAAGCCUUUAUCAGUUGAGAAUUUUCAGAGUCAUAUGGAAAAUAUGGAGAUCUGCAUUAAGGAUCUAGAAGCAGGUGUUGAGCACCUUUCAAGGCAACUCAUUAGAACCAGAGUUUCCCUUCUUAACAUCUUCAGCAACUAG